AUGGACGGGGCGGAGCUCUUCCUCAUCAACGCGGUUUAUUUCCUCGGCAGGAUCGAGCAGAUCAACCUCGCCAUUGGCAGCUUCCUGUUGAAGGCCAUGCUGGUGAUGCUCUGUUCCCUCGGCUCCGCGCCAGUCCCGAGCCCCUGCAUGGUGUUGCUCGCCACGAUGCCGACCAGCCCCAAAGUCCUGAUGACCAGCAGUUCUGGUCUUAUUGUCGGAAUUGGCUGGAUCGUGGACCGUGGGGUGACCAGUGUCAACAUCACCAGAGACUCGGUCGUGUCGGCCAUCGUCGACAGGAUUCUGGGCGAUAGUCUCGAUCUCGAGCACUUGCAUGCAGGGGAAGGUGCAGCUCAAGACGAUCUCGCCUUGGGGUGGACGGCUCCUGAAGAGGACAACUCUCAUUCACAGGGAGGAGCAAGUUCCACCGCCUGGAGCCGGAGUGCGGCGACGAGAGUGCCUGGGGUGACGGGGCAGCCGCCUGGACCUCCAGUUGGAAUUUGCACACAUCGGCAAGCGCGUGUGUUGACUUGGUGGUGCUGGCGAGGAAGAAGAAGAAGGAGA